AUGAGAUACCGCUUAAAAGUUGUUGGAGACUUGCCGGUGUUGUCCCACGGCUUUUAUGGAAUAAUACCGUCCAGUUUGAAGCUUGCGUCACGGGAGGACAAGGCUCUGUGUCCAGCAGUGUCAGCACUCGCGGACACAAAAGGUUACAAAAAGUUGCUGUUCCGCACAUUCAGUUCAACGCCAGCGAGCACAGUCGUGAGUUAUGAGCAGCUGAAGGAGCUCCUGGUUGGGCGGAAAGCGGUAGUUAUAGAUGUGCGAGAGCCCUGGGAGCUCCGAGAAUACGGCUUCAUCCCCGGCUCCAUUAACGUCCCCCUGGCGCAAGUGAACACUGCACUCCAGCUGGGUCCAGAAGACUUCAAAGAAAAGUAUGGUGGUGAAUUACCCCACCAGACAGAUAACGUUGUGUUUACUUGUUUGGCGGGAAUCAGGAGCAAGACUGCGCUGAACACGGCCAUCACACUGGGAUACAAAGAUGUUCGGCAUUAUUCUGGAGGAUGGCAAGACUGGGUGAAGCAUGAGCAGCAUAAUCAGUGAUCAUGGAGCUGGAAAGAUAUUUAUAUAUUUAUUUGAAGGUAUUUUUGCAAUUAUUCGAGUUUAGAAUGUGAAGUGAUGGCGCAGCCUUGUAAAGGGCUUAAAAAAAUCAUCAUGGCUCCUUAUUUCAAUGUUAAAAUCUCAAAGAGGUGAAACCAGUUUGCUUAAAUACACAUCUGCCAUACAAUAUUACUUGAAACCCCUCUUUAAUUUCUCUCAGGCUUAACCUCCUUCUAAACCCUUUACAGCUUUUUGAAAAAAAGCUCAAAGAAUAUUCUGAAGUGCUAAAGAUUAACUAUGCAAAUAAAGUCUUCCACUCCAUAAUGUGAACUAUUUUAUUAUUUCCUGUUGACAUAUUAUAAAUAUUAAAUUGCUCAACAGGCAGUGCAGACUUUGCCAAUACUUAAUGCAUUUAUUAAUAAAUGUACUAUUUAAUAAAGUUAUCAAAGCUAAAUAAACUAAUAUUUAACUUGA